AGGAGGCUGAGGCAGAAUCGCUUGAACCUGGGAGGUGGAGGUUGCAGUGAGCCAAGAUUGUGCCACUGCACUCCAGCCUGGGUGACAGAGCGAGACUUCAAAACAAAACCUAAAAGAUAAACUACAUUGUGAGGCAGGAUACAGGGAGAAGGCUGAGUCUUACAGUCUUGGGCUCGUCCUCUUAGCCCGUCACUUCCUCAUUAUGUGAUAUAGGCAAGAAACCUACUUUCAUGAGCCUUAAGCUUCUCACCCAUAAAAUAGAAAUAUUAUAAAGUUCUUGGGUUGUGGUGAUGGUGAAAUGAGUGACAAGUGUCCGGCAAGAUGGUACGGGCUUAACACAGGGCAACUAACUGAGGAACUCUUCUACCUCACCCCCAAAAGACAGUCCAAUUUUCCCAUUUGCCUCUUUGUCCAGAUUUAUUCCCAGGUCUUGCAACAUAUUUGGGUCAUAGACUUGAGAAUGAUGAAAACUGUGGACCCAUCCUUACCUUGCAUAGCUUCAAAGAGUUCACAGCCCAGAGGAGGACCACUGCUUUGAGAGGCCGUUAAUGUCUUUCUCCCUCUGGUGUUUGCCCCAACCCGCCGAAGUAGACGGCCACCCUCUCCCAUCUUGCUCACUUUGUUCUACACUUAGACUAUUUCUCCCUGGUUCUUUGACUCCUUUGGAGAGACCAGCUCAAAAGAUCCAAAUCCCUUUUCUCAGCCCAAACCAGGCACCAAGCCUAUUCUUUUUAUUCCAGGAGUGCUCUACUGAGAUGACUCUGCUGUAAGCCCUGUGAUAUGUGGAGCUUCUGCUUUGGAUGAAAUUAGUCUGCUUUAAGCCUGUGUCUCAACAAAGGGCUUCCCUCUCUAAGCUUGGGGAAAUGGAUCUCACCUGUGUGGCAGGAGUGCUGAGGUGGUGGGUGUGUGGAAUGUGGUGAGUUUUAGUAGUUCAGUGCUCCUAUAAAUGACCUGGGAUCAUUUUAGGGGACAUUUGCAGAAAUCCUCAGAGGAGGACCUGAGUAAAACCUUUUAAGGAAAGACAGCUGCUGUGGGCUUCAGUGCUGGUAACCCAUCUGGAGCCUCCAGUCCUGGGUAUGGAUCCCUUACCUGCUACUCUGGCACAACCACUUGCUCCAUUUAACCUUUCUUUUUCCAAAUGCUCCUGCCCCCACAAGCGUUUUUAUCUAUGGGCUGCAGAGUCUGAUGAAAGGAAUGCCCUUGCUCUUUUAGUUUGCAGGCAGUCCUCAAAAUGCAGGCCUAAGGUAGGCCCAAAAGUCUAUGCCAGUUCCAGCUAGCAAAAAAGCAAAUACACUUUGACCUUUUGUUGAAAUUUUACCUGGUAAAGUUUUUCCAUUUCAGAGUCUUUCUUCUUUUAUUAGGCACCUCCUGCUUAGGGACAGCAAAAAGUUUCCAAUUACUGCCAACUCCUAGUGAUCGAUCUGGAAUGUGUUUCAAACAGCUGCUCAUGUAGCUAUACCCUCUUUCUCCCAUUUCAUCCUAAGCAUUUGCCUCAGAAGCAUAAAAUCUCUUGAGAGUUGUAUCCAGAGUUACCAAGCUCUCAGCUAUCAAAUCUGCUUCAGUCUCAUUUUCUUCUUGUAAAUUAGUCAUUUGAACCCCCAAACUGACACAAUAGGAGACUAAAGCCCAAAAAGGGGAAGGGCUGGCCUAUGAGCAGUUGCACUCUGUAGACCCCAGGCUACUGCUUACCAGCCAAGCAUUCUACCUUCUUAUGGCUGAAACUGUUAAAGGCUACUUAGGCCUUUCUAUUGGAUGAAGGAGCAUGUAGUUACGUGUAUAUUCACUGAGCAAAAUACUUGAUUGUAGAAUCCAUGAAAUUUUUUUUUGUUUAAUUUCAAGAAGAGGCCUUCACAGUCUCUCAAGUAUGGGAUGGCUGUGGACAAAUACUGCCAAUUCAGCUAAGUGCUGCCUGGAUGUUGCUUUGAGUUUGAUUUUUGCUCCAUACUUAACUAAAACAACUAGCAUUCACGUAGACAUAUGUUAAAAUACUUUCCCCUUCCCCAACAGUGGUUCCUUCCACAGACAGUGACUAAUGGUUUUUUCUUUUGGGGAGAGGGUGGCAUACAACAUAGAGGCUUGAACCAAAGGCCUCUGCAAUGUUGUCACACUCAUGAGGAUGAAUGGUCCUUUCCCCCUACACACAGAGGGGCAAGGGCUUCAAGCUCUUUCUUUCUUUGACUGUGUUUACAAAUUAACACCAUGCUAGUUUGAUCCUGCUAGAAGUACAGGAAGGCAGAAAUGGAGGAUUAGGAGAAUUACUCAUCUUUUGGAUGAACAGUUUCCAAAUCCCAUUUGGCACAUCACUCUAGACUGGUAAAGGGGAGGCUGACACUGAGGCCACAGACCCAACUGGCUCUAGGACAUCACGUUGUUCAGUCCUUUGCUUAUCUAAUCAUUUGUGUUCUUACCCAGUGCUCACUAGGUCACUCACAUAGCCACUUCCCCUCCCAGCAAAAGUUCCCAGUUUAGGCGCCUGUCUGGGAUCAUCCAGUAUCCAAGCUCAGGGGUGAAGGGAGGGAGCAGAGAACUAGUCUCAACUGGUUCGUUGGUAUAUAGGUCUCUUCUCAAUGUUCCUAAAGUGCAUGCAGUGGCAUCCCCCUCAAGGCCUGGCUCCAUGAUUCUGAGAGGACUAGAAUCAGGACAGUCAGAUCUGUGGUCACAUCCUGCCCAAUUCCAGCUCUGAGGUCCAUCAAACCAUCUGCUUCUCCCUUGGCAAGAAGCUCCCUCUGUCUGACUGGCAGCAGGGUCAGUGGCCAUCCUUUUCUACCUUCAGCUGUUGUGUCUCCUCCACGUUUUUCUGGAGUAAAGGAACAAGCAGGUUCUUAUCCAAAUACCCAACCUGUGAAGAUGAGACGGCCCUUGGGAAGAGGUAUUAGCCAAGUUUUCAGUAUGAUGCCCGGCAGAAAGAAUUUGUUGUAUUUGUCUUAAGCUUAUCAUCCUCCCAGGUCAUAGGAAGAUCUAAAGUCCAAUGAAUCUCCUUACUCGGAAUUCACAGCUUCCCCCUCAAACUUAAAAUGCCCAUGUCAUUUCACGAGUACCCAUAACUACCCAUCGUUUAGAUACAUGUCCUCCCUUGGUCUAGAAAUCUGCAGCAGUUCCUCCUUAAACUGAUGGAUGCUUUGGGCUUUGGAGGUAUCUCAUCCCUAUGCCUGUUGCCCUGAAGCUGCCGGAAGGAAAGGCCCCACUCAACUACUGGGAAGAAAGCCCAUAAUUCAAGGCUUUUAAUACAGUCACUACACAAGCUCUCCCUCUGAUUUAGGAGAUCUUGUUACCUCCUCAUCUACAUGUGCUUAAAGACAAAAAGAAACCUAUAAUUAUUCAAUUCACCUGUGGUCCAAAUAAGUCUCACAUCCAGCCAUUCUCCUGAGAGGGCAGGAGGCCAGACUUUGAACUUUCCACAGCUGGGUCUUCAUUUUACUAGUGAGAUAAAGAGGUGCAGAUUAGGGUGACAGUCCAUCUAAGCAAGUGGACGAUCUGGGGAACUGUAGACCUUGCUGCAGCAUCCUCCCACAGAAAGGAGAUAAGGGCCUUAUCCAAUUGCCUGUACACAAUAGAUCAGUGCUUCUUUCCUAGACAAGGCUGAAAGGGGCCAACAUUAUUUCUGAAGACUUCGUUAUUGGAAUUCUAUGGGAGUGAUCUCACUGAGCUAUUUUGGAAUAGAAAUGUGGCUAGUUGCCUGACCUCCCUCAAUGGUUUCACGUGGCUUUCAAAGGGAAGGAAGGGCAGUGCUGACUUUUGGUAAAAUGGGCGAAAGGGUCCAUGCCAGCAACACAAUCACUCAAAGUCCAGAUGAGGGAUCAGUAAAUACGUGCCUGAAAGGUGGCCCUUGAGCACAUUCCUCCGGUAGACAUUAACUUAUUAAAUUGAUUCUGAUUACAAAUAUAAACUUUGCCCCCAUCUCACCCAGUAACAAUGCAAGAGUUGAUGUCAGUCUAUAAAAGGAAGUAGGAACUGUCCCUGGCUUUCAGGCUCCAACAUCCUCCCUCUGCCAAGAUGUGGCACCUCAAACUUUGUGCAGUCCUCAUGAUCUUCCUGUUGCUGUUGGGCCAGAUAGAUGGCUCCCCAAUACCAGAAGUGAGUUCGGCAAAGAGAAGGCCACGGAGAAUGACCCCAUUUUGGAGAGGGGUUUCCCUCAGGCCUAUUGGAGCCUCCUGCCGGGAUGAUUCUGAGUGUAUCACAAGGCUAUGCAGAAAAAGACGCUGUUCCUUAAGUGUGGCCCAGGAAUGAUGUACAUACCAGGGAAAGAAAGGACAGCAGUCACCUCCGACAAUGCUCCGUUCUAUGGAAUAUUGAUUAACUGCAUUUUGGCUGGAGACACCCAAGUGAAGCAAUCUUGUAUUUUUAAUAUUUAAAGGCAGAUGUAUGCUUUAAAUUGGUCUCCAUUUCUUCUUAGAAUGUUGAUAUAUGGAUAAGCAUAACUAAACUUGUCAAUUUAGAGUUUAUUUUUCUAUGGAUACUAUUAAAUGUCUCAAAUUGAAAUUUUAGCAGUCUGGAAUUCAAGCUUUUGAGGGAAAGAAGGAUUCACCUUGUAUACUAAAGAAAAAAACAGCAUUGCCCAAUAAUGUGUUAACUUCUCAAUCUGGAAAGUGUAGUGAGAGCUACAUAAUCAACAGCUACGUAAUCAACUUCAGCAAGUUCCUAAGCUGUGGCCCUGGAUCCCUUCACUCCAUACUCUUCAGGGAGGUGUCAAAGGUGGUCAGGCUUGGGAGGCUGAGGCAGGAGAAUCACUUGAACCUGGGAGGUGGAGGUUGCAGUGAGCCAAGAUCAUGCCACUGCACCCCAGCCUGGGUGACACAGAGAGACUCUGUCUCAAAAAAAAAAAAAAAA